GAUGACGUCCGCAGAGGAUGCAGAGAUGCUAACAGCACCGCCACACAAACACUGUGACAGGAGCUAACUGCUAACUAUUAGCAGAGACAGAUAGAGAGACAGACACACAGAGCUGCAGUGAAGCUAACAUGCUGAGGAGAGAAGGCUAAUCUGCUGACACACUGAGACACAGCUAUGCAGAGUCGGAGGUUUCCUAUUGGACAGUGCAGAUGUAGUCAGACUUCAGGUUGACUGACGGGGGGGAGGAGUCUGCAGGUGGUGGUGGUGAUGUCAAAGCGAGGAGCAGGGGGGAGGGGGAAGGGAGAACGACCAGAUGCCAUGGCAACACUUCAAGCAGCCAAUGAGGAGCUGAGAGCCAAACUGACAGAGAUACAGAUCGAACUACAGCAGGAAAAGAACAAAGUAAGCCGUCUGGAGAGAGAGAAGAGUCAGGAGCUCAAGGCAGAGCAUCACAGAGCAACAGUUGCUUUGACAGAACUAAAGACCAAGCUUCAUGAGGAGAAGCAGAAGGAGCUCGCAGUUACAAGGGAGACGUUACUACGGCAACAUGAGAUGGAGCUCAUGAGGGUCAUCAAAAUCAAAGAUGGAGAAAUUCAGCGCCUGAACGGGCUGGUGGUAACUCUGAGGGACGGAUCCACGGACAAGGUGAGGACUGCCCUACUAGCAGAGGUUGAGGAGGGGAGGAGGAACUGGGAGGCAGAGCGUUGUCGCCUCCAGCAGGAAGUGCAGGAGCUGAGAGGAGCGAAGAAGAGCUCUGAGGAGGCUCUAACAUCAGCACAACAAGCCUGCCAGGCAAGGGCAGCCGAACUCCGAACAGCUCAUCACCAACACCAGGAGGAGCUACACAAGACCAAGAGAGACUGUGAAAGGGAGAUCCGCAGACUGAUGGAUGAGAUAAAGCUGAAGGACAGAGCUGUCAGUGUUUUGGAUAAAGCCUUGGGGCUUCAGGCUGGACACGCCCACCGCCUUCAAUUACAGACUCAGGCUGCUGAACAGCAAAUCGCAGCCCUGAGAGAUGCACAGAGGGCGGGGCUUAACCACCCUGCCCCCAGUCCCACUCUUAACAACAACAUUUCUCACAUUUCUCAGGAGGACCGUGACACUCGGAGAUUUCAGCUGAAGAUUGCAGAGCUCAGCGCUGUCGUCAGGAAGCUGGAGGAUCGAAAUGCUCUGCUGUCUGAAGAACGUAACGAACUGCUGAAGCGUCUGAGAGAGGCAGAGAGUCAAUUUCUUCCUCUUCUGGACAAAAACAAACGUCUGAGCAGGAAAAAUGAAGAACUAGCUCUUGCACUGCGUCGCCUCGACAACAAGCUUCGCUUUGUCACACAGGAGAACAUGGAGAUGAGGAGACCAAGUUCAUUAAAUGAUCUGGACCGCAGUCACUCCACCAGUUACCAUGGUUACAGCCAAGAUGAGAGAGAGAUGGAGUUUCUACGCUUACAAGUCCUGGAGCAGCAACACAUAAUCGAUGACCUGUCCAAGGCUCUGGAGACAGCGGGGUAUGUGAAGAAUGUCAUCGAGCGGGACAUGUUAUUAAGAUACAGACGUCAGGAGUCAGUGAGGAGGAAACGGACCUUCAGAGCGUGCAGGGUAAUAGAGACGUUUUAUGGUUAUGAUGAAGAGGCGUCUGUAGACUCGGAUGGAUCUUCUUUGUCCUUUCACACUGACAGAACUCCAGAUACCGAACCAGACGAGGGGUGUGUGCGGGAGGAGGCUGAGCUCCGUUACCGUCAGCUGACUCAGGAGUAUCAGGCACUGCAGCGAGCGUACGCUCUGUUGACAGAGACGAGUGGAGGAAACUAUGAUGCUGAGAAGGAGAUUAAGACGAGAGAGCAGCUGCUGAGUGAAAUUAGCCGGUAUCAGACCACAGUUGCAGAUCUGGAGUCAGCACUGAAACAACAAGGACUGGAUGUGAAAUGGGUGGAGGAGAAACAAGCGUUGUAUCAGAGGAAUCAGGAGCUUGUGGAGAAGGUGAGGCAGAUGGAAGGUGAAGAGCUGCGACUGAAAAAUGACAUCCAGGACAUCAAAGACCAGAAUGAGCUGCUGGAGUUCAGGAUAUUAGAGCUGGAGGAGAGGGAGCGACGCUCACCUGCCAUUAACUUCCAGCAACUCCAUUUCCCAGAAGGCCUCAGUCCUCUGCAGAUCUACUGUGAAGCAGAGGGAGUCACUGACAUUGUAAUCAGUGAGUUGAUGAAGAAGCUGGACAUUCUGGGAGAUAACGCCGUAAGUAAUCUGGCCAAUGAGGAGCAAGUGGUUGUGAUUCAUGCCAGGACGGUGCUUACUCUGGCAGAAAAGUGGCUAGAGUCAAUAGAAGUGACCAAGUCGGCUCUGCAGCAGAAGAUGUUGGAUAUCGAGAGUGAGAAGGAUCUGUUCAGUAAGCAGAAAGGUUACCUGGACGAAGAACUGGACUACAGGAAACAGUCAAUGGAUCAGGCUCAUAAGAGGAUCUUGGAGCUGGAGGCCAUGUUGUUUGAGGCCCUGCAGCAGGAAGAGGAAUCUAGGAUGGAGGGAUUUAAGAUGGGGGAAGGUCGACUCUCUGAGAAUCUAACGGAGGAGGAAAAGGAGGAGCUGAGGAGAGCCAUGGACCAAUGGAAACGUACUGUGAUGUGUGAGCUGAGAGAGAGAGAUGCCCAGAUCCUCAGAGAGAGGAUGGAGCUCCUGCAGCUCACCCAGCAGAGGAACAAGGAGCUGGAGGAAUGUAUUGAAGCACAGAAACGACAGAUCAAAGAGCUUGAGGAGAAGUUUCUAUUUCUGUUUCUAUUCUUCUCUUUGGCCUUCAUCCUCUGGUCCUAACAGCAGUGUCUGCAGGAAUCUGACGUCCAACAGCUGAACUCUGGGUCUAAACCAGACCAAGGCAAGAAGGUUCACUGUCUUCCCUGCUGUCAGCCAAUCAGAACAAAGCUCAGACCUGACACCUUGGAGACAAAGGGCGGUUUCCAUGGUAACAGAAAGACAUGGUCUUCAGACAAAAGUGAAAUGUUAAAACAGCAGGAAGAUCUGAUCCACAAAAUGUUCUGGUACUGAUUUACUGAUUCUGUCCUCAGCGGGACAGCUCAACCAAACUGGUGCUGUACUUACUAGCUACGUUUCUAUCAGUGCUAGCUAACCUAGCUACCUUUAUACAGUGUUAGCUAAUAGCUAUCACAUUUUAAAUGAUGCUAGAUAACUUAUUUGAAUCCAUACAUUCAUGUCACCUGGUUACAUUAGUGUUUAGUUGGUGGGAGUUAACAGAGACAGAGCUCGAUCAGCAGAGCUUCAGCAGAUCAGUUUCUAACGUCAAUGAAAACUUGACCUUAGUAGCAUCAUAACGGAGCACCAGAGAAAUGUUUCCACCAGUCCAGCUGAGUUUGUUCUGACUGUCUGACCUGGACAGAGUCAUCCAGAUCCACUCCUGGAGCUAAGGCUUCAGUGAGUAACCAGUCAGUUUCAUCUUGGGACCAAACAGAGGAAACAUUCACCACUUGGCCGAGGCCUCCUGGAGGUCAGAGGUGAAGAUUGAUCAAAGUCAGUGAGGGAGAAACCAGAAGUUCAGUCCAACAAGACCCACUGAUCGAGAACAACCAGAUUCAGCGGACCCAGUUUACAAUGUGGUUGAGACUAAAGAAAGAAAGUCACUUCUUCAUUGGUGUGACUGAGGAAUGGAGGAUAAUUCUACACAAAUGUUUAUGAUUUUAUAUUUCAUGCAUCCUGUUAUAUGGCGUGUUUUUAUUGUUUUUGUUAUUUUAUUACCAUGCACAUUUGUAUGCUGGUAUACAAGAUAAUCAAAUAAGAUGGAAUGACAUUCAAAUAAGAUUCCAUAUUAUAAAUUGAUCAAUAUUUUGUGUUUGGUUAUUUUUUAAAUUGUAUUAAUGUCUGCACCUUUAAUUAAAACUUUGGUUUAUUUCCACUCUUUACAUCUGAUAAUUCCAUGUUUGUAAUUUCAGUAUUAUUCUCUCUCCAGACUCAUUCACCAUUUAAAACGUUUCUCUGUGUGAAUUAUCUUCCCUCUGUGAUGCAGCGUGAAAAAGAAUCCACAUGAAAAGUGUUUUAAAACCUGCGUCCUGCUGUUGUACUUUUAUUAUCCCAGAUGAUAUUUUUCUAUCUGCUGUGACUUGGACCUCUGAAUAUCUCAAGAGUCAGUGUUUCAAAGUGAUUAAAAUGGUGGAAACAAGACUGAAUUGUGUUGAUGUUUUGUUGUUGAUGAUGAGACUUAAUUCUUUUUAUCAUCAGAUCUGUGACUAUGACUGUUUCCUCAGAUAUGUAACAGGAGUCUGAGAGAAAUGGUUUGAAUGGAUCGUUAUUAAAUGGUAAUAAAUAAUAUUAAUGCAU